UACCCUGGAUAAUUUUACAAAGUGGUCUGACCAGGAAUUUACGAUGAGAUUUCGUUUGCAAAAGGAAUCUGUUCUUUUUUUAUUAGAAUUAAUCGAGGGCCAGUUUGCAACUAUAAGUAAUAGGAAUAAGGCGAUUACACCUAUGAACCAGCUGUUAUUAACAUUACGCCUGUAUGCUACAGGGAAUAUGCUCAUAGCUGUUGGAGAUUUUAGUGGGGUCCACAAAUCCACGGCUUGCCGGAUUGUAAAAAAAGUUACAGCUGCUAUUUGUACUUUAUCUGAAAACUACAUUCGUAUGCCUAAUACUGAAGAGGAAAUAAGAAAUCAUCAAUUGGCAUUUUACAACAUUGCCAGAUUUCCUCGUACAAUAGGAGCCAUCGAUUGCACCCAUGUCCGCAUACAAUCCCCAGGAGGCCACAAUGCAGAGUACUUUCGUAAUCGAAAGGGAUACUUUUCUUUAAAUGUACAAGUUGUUGGGGAUGCAUCUCUUCGAGUGCUGGAUAUAGUAGUGAGAUGGCCUGGAUCUACACAUGACCAAACCAUAUUCAACAACUCUAGGAUUCAUGCCCGCUUAGAGAAUGGUGAAUUCAAUAACAGCAUAAUCUUAGGAGAUUCUGGUUAUGCCAUACAGAAGUAUUUAAUAACACCAUUACUGCAUCCAAAUAAUGAUGCUGAACAAUUAUUUAACGAGGCCCAGAUCCGUACAAGAAAUCCAAUUGAAAGGCUAUUUGGAGUGUUGAAACGUCGUUUUCCCAUACUAAGCAUAGGGAUACGUAUCAAGCUACAAACAGCACAACAAAUUAUUAUUGCAUGUGCCACUUUACAUAACCUAGCAAGAGCUAGAAAUGAAGGGGAACCAUUGGUUGAUCCUGAUGUUAUUGUACCAGUGAUUGAUGAUCAACCACAGAACCAUGUGGAAGCAGAAAACCGUAACUUUUAUAGACAACCAUUUAUUAACUAUUUUUCUACAUUAUAAAACUUAAUAUUACAUUAAAUUAAAGAGUAAAGUUUUUAU